AUGAGGACGCAGACGAACGCGGUUAACAUUCUGGAACGGACGUCGUCAUACCUGAGAGCCGGGCUUUUGAGGCAGACUCCCGCGUGGUAUGAAGUAGUGGCAUUUGUUCCACCAUCCAAACGGUUUGAGCGGAGCCCCAAACUGGUAAAUCCUUCUACUUUAGAGAGCCGAGCUAUGUUGAACCCUCUUAGGGCGGAAUUGAAUGCGGAAACCGGGUUUUUCGAGACAAAGAACACCAAGAGUAGCCGGAAAGUGACUCGGUCACUUUACCGGGCUCCCAAACUGAAAUUUACAGAAGACAAACUCAGACAAUUGUUUUACGAGCAACAUCCAUGGGAAUUGUCGAGACCCAAAAUGCUUGUGGAAAACACAGGAACUGAAAACUACGAUUGGAGCCAUAUACAGCAACUUGGAAAACCGCUAGACGGCGAAAGCGUAGUACAAAGGACUCUAUUUUUGCUACAAAUCAAGCAGCACGCAAGCUUGCUCGACGCAUACGAUCAAGCCAGAUUCGAGUUCUAUCGUCUGCGGAUGCAGCAGGAAAUUCAAGAUCAAGUAGCCCAAGAAGAAGCCGAAAUGUUCGGCUCCGUUUUUGGUCCUUCUGCGAUAGAAUUUGGUCUUGAAAAGGAACAAAAAGUCAUCCAAACUUGGAAAAAGCGAGCCAUUCAACAAUCCGAACUCAUAUCGGCAAGAACUUCAAACCCGUCUGAAUCUUGGACCACUCCACAACGCAAAGCUGACGGGGCAGAAGAGUCAGAUGAGAUAAACGAAGAAAUUACAUUAUAA